AUGGCCAUCAUCAAUUACCCUCUCCCACCUCAUAAAGAGCUCUUCUAUGGAGGUAGCUGGCACCAGCCGACGGAAGGGGGAUACCAAGAGACAUUCAAUCCAGGAAAUGGGCAGGUCAUCACCAAGGUCGCUGUCGCGUCAGCUGCCGACGUCGACGCCGCGGUGGCAGCGGCACACGAGGCGUUCUUGACGUGGCGUUCUGUUCCCCCCGUCGAACGAGCAACGUACAUGCGCCGCGCUGCCGGUGCGCUGCGUCAGCGCGCGGAAGAACUGGCCUUCCUCGAUUCUUUGAACACCGGAAACCCAAUAACCAAAAUGCUGUCGGACGCGAAUGUCGCCGCCGCCAGCCUGGAUUACUUCGCCGGUCUCAUCCCCAUGCUCAAAGGGGAGACCAUUCCGCAAAGUGACGCGACGUUCCACUACACUACGCGAGAGCCGCUGGGAGUAGUCGGACGGAUUGUUGCAUUCAAUCACCCUAUCCAGUUUGCUGGGGCUAAGCUCGCAGCACCAUUGGCCGCGGGAAACACGGUCAUUGUCAAAAGUCCCGAGCAAGCGCCGCUGUCCUGUCUUCUCCUGGCCGAAAUCCUACAACCGAUAUUUCCUCCCGGUGUAGUAAGCAUUCUGUCGGGGGGCGUGGAAUGUGGAAAGGCUCUUGCCACACAUCCAUUGGUGAAAAAGAUCACCCUGAUUGGGAGCGUGCGGACCGGCAAAGCUAUUCAACAGGCCGCCGCCGCUUCACUCAAGCCCACGCUUCUCGAAUUGGGGGGAAAGAACGCUCUCCUUGCCUUUCCCGACGCCGACAUCGAUAAGCUGGCAGAGGGCGUGGCACGGGGAAUGAAUUUCACCUGGGCGGGUCAAUCAUGCGGAUCCACCUCGCGAGUUUAUCUGCAUCAGUCCCAUUACAAUGAAGUGCUCGAGAAGGUGGUUAAGUUGAUUCGAAGAGAGUUUGCGCCGGGGGUGCCGACUGCAGUGUCCACCACCAUGGGUCCGGUCAUCAGUCAGGCCGCUCACGACCGAGUCAUGUCUUACAUUGAAUCCGCAAAGACUGAAGGGGCUCGUUUGGUGAUUGGGGGCAAAGUCCCAACUGACAAUCCCGAUAUCAAGGGCGGCUAUUUCAUCGAGCCGACCAUCUUUGCAGACGUGGAACCACACAUGCGGAUUGCCAGAGAAGAAAUCUUCGGACCGGUCAUGUCGAUUUUUAAAUGGGAAGAUGAGGAGGAUCUGAUAAGGCGAGUCAACGAUACCUCGUAUGGCCUAACGGCAUCGAUCUUCACACGAGACAUCGCCAAAGCAACGACCAUGGCGAGGAAGAUUGAGGCCGGGUAUCUGUGGAUCAACCACGUCUCUAAACACUACAUGGGCGUCCCGUUUGGAGGAGCGAAGGAGUCGGGAGUGGGAAAGGAGGAGAGCGUGGAAGAAUUGUUGUCAUUCACACACAUCAAAAGCGUGAAUGUCGUCCUGGACUAG